GAAGUUUAUAUGUCCUAGUAAACACAAAUAAAUUGUUGUCAAUAUGGACUGAAUAUUAAAAAUUCAUAAGAUUUGUUUUAUCAAGAUCAACAAUUCUAUCAACAAUGCCAAGUGCCCACCUCACUCUGCGUGAGGAAGAUAUUAUUCGGCUAUCACUGGAGUUCCUGCAAAAUCGGGCACUCCACAUCACCCAGCUGAGCUUGGAGCGUGAAAGUGGGAUCAUCAACGGCAACUACUCAGAUGACGCUCUGUUCCUCAGGCAGCUUAUCCUGGACGGCCAGUGGGAUGAUGCCCUGGAAUUUGUUCAGCCUUUGCAGGCUAUGGAAUCAUUCAACAGCAAGAAAUUCCACUUCCUUAUUCUGAAGUAUAAAUAUUUUGAGCUGCUCUGUAUCAAAGCUGAAGCUCCCGACUCUGCCAACAAUGAAGCUGCUGUCGCUGAACUUGUCAAGGUGUUGGAGGAAGUAGCACUUUAUGCUCCUAAUAAGGAGGCGCACUCACAGCUGUGCCUGCUGCUCACCACCACGCAGCUGCACCAGCACAAGCUCUUCAAAGACUGGAACCCUUCUAGUGCCAGAGUCGAGUGCUGGAACCAGGUGUUGCCGCUGGUAGAGAAGUACCUGUCAGGAGAGCGUGGUAGUGACAACAUAGGCACGCCAGGCUCGAGUGCUGGAGACAAGAACAAAACUACUGCCAAGAACGACAGGCUCGUCCAGCUCAUGAUCAAAGGGCUGCUCUAUGAGAGCUGUGUCGAGUAUUGUCAGGGCCAGGCUACAGGCACCGCUAGUCCCUCAGCCUCUCCUCACCUCGAGUUCCCUCCUCUGCUUUCCCUCACAACUUUCAGCGACUCUGACCUCAGUCUUCUGUCCUGGCUGCAGUCCAUCCCACCAGAGACUUUUGCUUGUCCCUUCGAGCAGCGCAGUCUCAAUGUGGACGUGGAGAGACUGGAUAAACCCAGUCUUGAGGCCAGCUGGACGGAACAGCUUCUAGUUACGCCAAUCAAACCCAGGAUCUUCCCGCACUCUGCUAUGCCUUAUAGUCGCCCUAAAGCCACUGACCUCAUGUCGCGGUCUCUGAACCCCGGCAUGGAAGGCUUGGCAGGCUUCAGGUCGUCUAUGAUCGCAUCAUCUGGCGACAUGAACAUUAUGUCUAAAAGCAUCGCAAGCUUCCACUUGACAGGUAAAAAGACCAUCAACACGUCAGUAGACCGACUCUUCGACUCAGACCAUGUCUUCACCGGCAGCGCAUACGGUGAUCUCCCCACUAUAAUUGAAAAAGAUUUAUCAUCUCUCAACCUGUCAAAGGAUAUGAAUAACUUAAAAGACACAACUAAAAGACACUCUACUGAUUCUCUUAAUAAACCUCCAGUCAGUGAAAAAAAUUCAGAUUUUUCUGAAUCAACAAAAGAAGAUCGGACUUCACCCAGGGCACAUUCCCCUGCAAUGCACAACAGUGGUGCAGGUGGUGCUACAGGUGGUGGUGUUAAUCACCAUUCUCUUGCUCACCAUCAACUUCAUCACAACGUGUCAGCUAGUCAAACAAAUCUGUCACCAUCUACAGUGCAGCAACAGAUGCACCCUAAACAAAACGUUCCUCUACCACCUCUACCUGCACAAAUCCCACACUCACCACAACCAUAUCAACCACAACAAUCUUACCAACCAUACCACGCACCAGCACAACAGUUCCAGCGUUACAAUUCACCACAACAAUACAAUAACAAUAUAAACAGUGACGUGGCGCGAGAGAAGACUGAAUUAUACAGCAUUUAUCAGCGUCGCCAGCUGCAGAACAGACCCGAGGUCUACGGCAACGCUAACAACGCGCCUGUCAACGCUAACAGACCGCUGAUGAGUGGAGGGCUGAGUGUGGCGGCGGAGGAUGAAUGCUGA